CUACCAGCGCCUUGAGGCAUAAAAUGAUCGUAGGCUUUCCCUGUCCUUUUGCCUGAGGUCUACCAGCGCCUUGCAGGCUUUCCCUGUCCUUUUGGGAUGCGAACUUCGUCGUGAAUAGGAGUAUGAACUCCUCAAAUGAGCGGAUGAUCCCUUUCGGGAGCCUGUUAUACCAGUCUAGGCAUAUCCCGGAGAAUGUUGAUGGGAAGGUUCGGCAUAGUGCCGCAUUGGAGUUGGUUUGGAGCUGCAUCCGCAGGCAGAAGGUGCUCACAUGGUCUUCGGGAUCAGUCCUCCCGUUGUAUGUUGGGAGGGCGGGUGGCAUUCCGCUCAGGUGUUCCGCCAUGAUUUCCGCGCUUAGCGGCUGGUGGAGCGCCCUCUUGGGUGGGUUGAGUCGGUAUUGCGGAGACAGGUGUUGCUCCAGAAAACUGAGGUCCGCCCUUCCUGGCGGCUCAACUUGUUGCGUUUCGUACGCGGGGUGCGGUGGUGGGACCGUCCCCGACGUUUCUCCUGGGGCUUGUUGGGGAGCGACUGGUGUCGCGCAUACUGUGAGCUCGACUUGUUGCGUUUCGUGCGCGGGGUGCGGUGAUAGGGCAGUCCCCGACGCUUCUCAUGGGGCUUGUUGGGGCGCGGCUGGUAUCGCGCCUGCUGUCGCCGCGGCCUCCUUGCUCAUCAUGAGCGCUAUGACCUGGCUCAUUUGUUUCUGCAUGUUAGCUAUGACGUCGUUCUGCUUCGCCAUCAGCUGUCUCAUUUCCUUGGUUGUGAGCUCGGGCUCUUCCUCUUCCAGGAGCACCGCGUUGAGAUUGCUAGCUUCCGCGAAUUCCCUUGGGUUGGUCAUCGCUUUGAUGGGGGUUGAUUCGUCAGGCGAGUUGGAGUUAUGCUCUGCCAUAGGUCGGUUUUCUUUGCUUCUCUACUUGGCCCCACGGUGGGCGCCAAUUGUUUGAGCCUAACUGGGUGUAGGAGGGAGACUCGGGAAAAUGGGUCAAGGAGAGUAAGCAAUGAGGGAAUAAUCGUCGAUGGAAAAACUGAGGAGAUUACAAAGAGAAUUGAGAGAGAAAUAUCUUAGAGAGAGAAGUCGAUGAUUUUAGAGAUAGAGCCAGAAAAAUCCCCUUCCCUCACCCACCGGAGUAAAUGCCAUAUUUAUAG